AUUUAGACCACCACCAUGGAAGCAAUUUCCUCCACCUUCCACCACCGCAUCCCGACAGCUCAACGCCCCAGCACCACCACCGACCAACUUCCCAAAAUCCAUGCCCAUCAUCAACUAACAAUUGACACUCAACCCAAUCCCAAGACUUCGAACCGGUCGAUCCACCUAGCUGAAUCUCUCUCAAACCUCUUCCACCUCCAUAUUGAACCACCUACCCAAAAACAUGUUCACAACUCCAUUUGGAACGUCCAUUUUGACCAUGAGGAGAGGCACAACACUCCAGCUAUGUCUCCGAAGGAAGACAUAUCCGAUAAGUGGCGUGAAAAACAAGGUUUUUGUGACUGGGACAAUCUUUUGAACCCACUUCACCCUUGGCUACGACGAGAGAUUGUCAAGUACGGUGAAUUUGCGCAAGCGACUUAUGAUGCCUUUGACUUUGAUUCUUUCUCAGAGUAUUGCGGUAGUUGUAGAUACAAUCAUGAUAAAAUCUUUGACAAGUUAGGGCUUACCAAGCACGGUUACAAGGUGAGCAAGUACAUUUAUGCCAUGUCACAUAUGGAUGUGCCACGGUGGCUGGAGCGGUCAGUCCUAGGUCAAACAUGGAGUAAGGACUCCAAUUGGAUGGGGUUUGUGGCAGUGAGUGAUGAUGAAGAGACAAGGCGAAUAGGGAGGAGGGAUAUAGUCGUAGCAUGGCGUGGCACGGUGGCACCAUCUGAGUGGUAUGAGGAUCUACAGAGGAAGCUAGAGCCAAUAGGGGAAGGGGAAGCUAAAGUGGAAUAUGGGUUUCUAAGCAUUUACACAUCUAAGAGUGAUGCUACUAGGUAUAACAAGUCCAGUGCCUCAGUGCAAGUCAUGAAAGAAGUGAAAAGACUAGUGAAAUUUCACAAGACAAGAGGUGAACAAGUGAGCCUCACAAUCACUGGACAUAGCUUAGGAGGUGCAUUGGCUCUACUCAAUGCCUAUGAGGCUGCAGCCUCUAUCCCUAACCUUCCCAUUAGUGUCAUAUCAUUUGGAGCACCUAGAGUUGGCAACAUAGCCUUCAGGGACGAAAUAUAUCAAAUGGGCGUUAAAACACUACGAGUGGUUGUAAAGCAAGACCUAGUCCCUCGCAUGCCGGGGAUUGUUUUCAAUGAAAGUUUACAAAUGCUUGAUGAUUUCACUGGUACACUAGAUUGGGUAUACACACAUGUUGGAGCAGAAUUGAAGUUAGAUGCGCGUUCUUCACCUUAUCUUAAGCGUGGUGGGUUCAAUGUGCUAGGGUUUCAUAUGCUAGAGACAUACCUUCAUCUUGUUGAUGGAUUCAUGAGUACAAGCUCGACGUUUCGCUCAAAUGCUAGAAGAGAUGUUGCCUUGGUAAACAAGGCAUGUGACAUGAUAGUGGAUGAGCUUAGGAUUCCUCCAUGUUGGUACCAAAUGGAAAACAAGGGUUUAGUAUGCAAUGAUCAUGGAAGGUGGGUUAAACCUAGAAGGGAUCCAGAAGAUGUACCUUCACCCACCAGAGAAGAAGUGCAUGACCAUGCAAUUGACGAGAGGGAGGAAAGUUACAAAGCACUUGGACCCUUGUUAGUUGUGUAAAUUUAUAAUGAAUCUAAGAUUUUCUUUUGUAUGAGAAUCUUAUUGAAUUUGAAAAAGAAGUUUAAUUAAUAUUUUUAUAUUUUUAGGAUAAAAUAUAUCUGUAAGCCUUUCUUGUGAUUUGGUCAUCAAAAUUUCUAAUU